AUGGCUGUGUGUUUGUGGUUGGCGAUACUGUUUUAUUUAAGUCAAGCUGCUGUUCUUCCACCUCCUUGGGCCGAUGUCAGAAGAAACCCAUGUGCAGCUCAUCCUCAAGGCUGGCUGAUGCUGUACUGGCCUUCAGAUGGAAAAUGUUACACUAUUUACAAGAAAGGCCACCCAUGUCCAGAUACUCAAGAACUAAGUCCUGGCAGACUAGGCGGGAGGACGGUAGCCGAGUGCAAGUGUCCGCCUGGAACAGCCCAGCUGCCCCACACACACACCUGCCACAAGCUCUUCGAGAGAGGGCCCUGCAAACACGGAGAAUACUUCGCACCUGUCGAAGAGUCUUUUAACAUGCGAGGUGAACGUCAGGGUAUGUGUGUGAGACCACAGCAGUGUGCGGACGAGACUCUCCUCUACUGGCCUCCAGAUGGAAGAUGCUACUACAGACUCACUCAGGGUCCAUGCUAUCCCGGUCUCAUCUUGGAUGUAGGCAGCGACGGUCUGGCGAAUUGUAGUUGUUCCAGGUCGAGUCCUCACUACUACCAGGGCUCGUGUUACGCUCAUUACACGCGCGGUCCUUGUGAGCUCGGCCAGCUCUUCCUACCUGAUGGGAGGUGCGGCUGUGAGGAACAUCUGCCUCACUACAGCCGAGAGGCUGCAGGAUGUUUUGAACUCGACACGCUAGGCCCAUGUUCCAAGGGUCACAUAUUCUCAAUAUCAGAAGUAUCAGCCAAUGGUUCUCGUGCUGAGUGUCGUUGUAAAAGGUUCCACGCUCGAGCUACAGACGGAGCGUGUUACCGACUGUACACGAGGGGUCCCUGCGACCAGGACGAGAUGAUCAGUAGAGGAGGAAGAUGUAUUAAGGUGCCGUGUGCUCGUGGUCGUUUGUACGUACCGUCUCGUCGUCGUUGUUACCGUCCAGGCUCCGCUGAGCCAUGCGGUGUUGGCGAACACCUCGCCUUCGACUUCGAGGCUCGCCCCGCCUUGGACGGCCUCAGUCAUAACGGUGUAUGCGUGUGUGGGAACAGACAAUGUGUUACUGAACAGGGGCCUUGUUCUGACGGUCGCUGGCUCGUUAGAGAUGACACCGGAGUCAGCUGCCAGUGUAGACCCGGCUUAACAUAUUGUAAGGACAGCUGA